CCACUCCCAACUGCUCCCUUUCAUCAGUCUCCAAUGUGAACUAUCUAUCGACCGCGGUCGCCUGAAUCCUGACCUUUGCUUCAUCUCAAAGCCAAACAAAACGAAAAACCGAUUCCAUGUCCAAAUAAAAAUCCCAGCUUUCUCUCUCCAAACCGCCAAAAAAGCCUAACCCUAACCCUAAUUACCCUCGGAUAGUAAUGGCGAACGGAGGAGGGGAGGAGAGCUGGUUCAUCUACAGCUUCGUGGCGAGGGGGACGAUGGUGCUGGCGGAGUACACGGAGUUCACCGGGAACUUCCCGGCGAUCGCCGCCCAGUGCCUGCAGAGGCUCCCGUCUUCGAAUAACAAGUUCAUUUACGCUUGCGAUCAUCACACGUUCAAUUUCCUCGUUCACGAUGGAUAUUCAUAUUGUGUUGUUGCGAAAGAUUUGGUUCCAAAACAUGUCUCGGUAGCCUUUCUUGAGCGGCUUAAGGUAGAUUUCAGAAAGAGAUAUGGAGGUGGUAAGGCUGACACGGCAACUGCCAAAAGUCUCAAUAAAGAAUUUGGACCAAUUAUAAAGGAACAUAUGCAAUAUAUUGUUGAGCAUGCGGAUGAGAUAGAAAAGGUUUUAAAAGUUAAGGCCCAAGUUUCAGAAAUCAAAAGCAUCAUGUUGGAAAACAUUGAGAAGGCUGUUGAUCGAGAGGAGAAGCUCACUGAUCUUACUGACAAGACGACCGAUUUGCAUUCUCAGGCUCAAGACUUCAGAAAACAAGGGACAAAGGUUCGAAGAAAAAUGUGGUUAAAGAAUAUGAAAAUUAAGUUGGUGGUUCUUUCCAUCCUCUUGCUCCUAGUCCUUAUUAUCUGGGUGUCUGUUUGCCAAGGAUUCAGCUGCACAAAGGAGGAAAAUCAUAAAACUGAGAACCCUACACCUGAAAACCUUUAUUAAUCCAGAUGUUUGAAGGAUAGAGCACAAGUAAAUCUUGUUUUUAUCAUCGGCUUCAUUAUUAUUUAUUUCGUACUAGUAAGCAGAAUGAGCUGUUCUGUAUGUUAUUAUUGCAUUUUUAAUGCUUCUUGUAAUCUUUAUCAAGUAUAAAUAAACAUCUACAGAUAUCGUAAUA